UCCAUCAUAAAUAUAUGGAGUUUUGUGCAUAUAAGUGGUGAUAACUGUACGUAUAUGGAAAUAUGUUAAUAAAUUUCUGCUAGCAUAUUGUUCUAGGCGUUCUUCAACAAGGCAAUAUGUUCGCUUUUCAACUUGUCAUACUGGGUAGUGUUUUGUUCUCCGACGUAUUGGGGCAUGGAAGACUUAUCGAACCUCCGUCAAGAGCGUCUAUGUGGAGGUAUGGGUUUAAUAACCCAAGUGACCCUGAUGACCAGGAAGGCUAUUGUGGCGGUUAUGGCGUUCAGUGGGGAAAGAACGAUGGAAACUGCGGAGUAUGUGGAGAUGCGUGGAAUUUGCCUCGGCCUCGACCACAUGAAACGGGUGGUAAAUACGGUAAUGGCAUAAUAGCGAGAAAAUAUCGUGCUGGUUCUAUGAUCCCGAUAAAAAUAGAAAUGACAGCGUUCCAUAAAGGAUACUUUGAGUUUCGCGUGUGUCCCAUGAAACAACGGGGUGUCGAAGUGACGGCCGAAUGUUUGAAUCAAAAUAUUCUGGUUGGGGCAGAUGGGAAGACCAGGUAUUUCCCGCAAUCUGGACCAGGUCUUGUUGAGGUAAAUUACAAACUACCUGCUCGCAUGACCUGUGAGCAAUGCGUAUUCCAAUGGAGAUACGUAGCCGGAAAUAACUGGGGAGAUUGUGGCGAUGGAACAGGGGCUCUCGGCUGUGGUCCGCAGGAAGAAUUCAGAGCUUGUGCAGAUAUUUCAAUUACUAACUAAUAAUGAAUCGUCACUUUUUA